AUCGAAAACAAUUUACUAAUUGUAUCAAAUUGACUAAUCAUCUAGAUGAUCAAUAAACUGAAUUAAUUAGUGUUUAUAACUGUAAAUUCCUACACACUGAAUGUGUAUGAAGGGAAAACGUGUGUUUCUAUUGCUUAUUGUUAAACUUUUCCUAAUCAAAUUGAAGAUUAUCAAUUAUCUACAAUUGUAAUACUUGUGAUUGGAGAGACAAUUACAAUUAAUGACAAUCAACAGGUUCACAAUGAGAGAAAUGGAAUCAAUGAUCAACUGUAUCUAAUUUCCCUCUCUCACCAACAAUUAAACCUCUUCACUUACUGUUUACUUUUCAAUUGCAAUUCCCUUAAUAACAAUAAUGUGGUUUUCCAAUUGUAGACAAUUAAUACUAAUUAAUUUCUACUCUAAUUUAAAACGUUCACAGGUAAAAUAUUGGUCAUCUUUACCUCUCAAGGAUUCGUUUGGACGUAAACAUGAUUACCUGAGGAUCAGUUUAACGGAAAAGUGUAACCUUAGGUGUCUCUAUUGUAUGCCCGAAGAUGGAGUUGACCUUUCACCGAAAUCAUCUCUCCUCCAACGAGAUGAGAUUAACCGAUUAGCGAGACUAUUUGUUAAUUCCUUGGGUGUUAAGAAAAUUAAACUAACCGGUGGAGAGCCACUGGUUAGAUCGGAUUGUCUUUCAAUCGUUAACGAUUUAGCAGAAUUAAAAUCCAUCGGAUUAUCAACAAUCGGCAUAACCACAAAUGGCCUGGUUUUGGGCCGUUCAAUUAAAAAGCUUGUUGAUUCAGGUUUAGAUUCUGUCAAUAUAUCACUUGACACUUUGCGACCUGAGAAAUUUGAAUUGAUCACUCGUAGGAAAGGUUUUAAUUUGGUAAUUAAAUCAAUUGAACAAUGUUUAUCCGCUGGUUUACCUAAAAUCGUUAAAAUUAAUUGUGUUAUCAUGAGAGGUUUAAAUGAUGAUGAGAUAAUAUCGUUUGUUGAAUUAACCCAAGAUCAACAAUUAGAGGUUCGUUUUAUUGAGUAUAUGCCAUUUGAUGGUAAUAAAUGGUCUCAAGGUAAAAUGUUACCUGCCCAUGAGAUAAUGAAAACAAUUAAAGGUAAAUACGGUGAUGAGAUUAAUCCAAUUGCUAAAGAUAAUCCCUCUGAUACGGCGACACUAUUUACGAUUAACGGUUUCAAAGGCCGAUUCGGUUUCAUUGGGUCGAUGACACAAAACUUUUGCUCGACAUGUAAUCGACUUCGUAUCGCUGCUGAUGGUAAUUUAAAGGUUUGUCUCUUUGGAGCUGAAGAGGUGUCAUUAAGAGACCCACUAAGAUCUGGUUGGAGUGAUGAUCAGAUAAUCAAUCUAAUUGAAUCAACAUUAUCUCGUAAACGUGAACGACAUGCAGGAGCAAUUAAUAUAUCUAAAUCUCCUAAUCGACCGAUGAUAUUAAUUGCCAAUCGGAUGUUUUCAUCUUUUUCAUUGUCAUCAACAUCAUCAUCGACAAUUAACCAGACUCAUAAUGAUGGAAAGGAACCAAUUGAUCAACAAUCAAGUGAUGAUAAUCAAUUGUCUCAUAUUAAUCAACAUGGUUCAGCUGAGAUGGUUGAUAUUUCUGGUAAACAUGAGACUCGGCGAGUGGCUCAAGCCAUGGGUACAAUUUACAUCGGGCCAAAAGUAAUCAAGUUAAUUGUUAACAAUCAACUGACCAAAGGAGAUGUCCUUUCAACUGCACGAAUAGCUGGUAUAUUAGCUGCUAAAUCAACAGCUAAUUUAAUUCCUUUAUGUCAUCUAAUACAAUUAACCAAGGUGACAAUUGACUUUGAAAUAAUAGACAAUGAGAUGAUCCAAAUUGAUUGUAUCGUUUCAACAAUUAGCCGAACCGGAGUUGAGAUGGAAGCCUUAACCGGAGUAUCAAUUGCAGCUCUAACAAUUUACGACAUGUGUAAAUCAGCCAACAAAUCAAUGGUAAUUAAAGAAAUCAAAUUAAUCAAGAAAACCGGAGGUAAAUCAGAUUAUCAAAUACCAACAACAACAACAACAACAACUCCAACAAUCAACAAGUGAUCAACAAAAUACAAGCCGAAUAACCAACAUCAUUAAAUUAAUUUGAUCUAAUUGUGUUUAAGAUAUAACUUGAUAGCCCAAAUAAUAAUUCACCUGGAGAGAGAGAGAGAGAGAGAGAGAGAUGAGGAUGAUAAGAAAAGAUUAUGAUGAUUAAAAGUCUUAAAUUAAUGGUGCCAAUGAUUAAAAUUGAUUGCGAGCAAUUUGAAAGAUUUGCUCAACUUUAAGGAAUCAAACUCAACGCAAUUGGAAUGACGGAAAAAAAGUUACAUUAAUCAACUGAAUUGUUGUUAUUUUCUGGUGAUAAUUAAGUUAAUUAAGUUGGUUUAGCAGGUAAAGAAAAUGGAAGAAGAUAAAUUAAUAUCAAUCUUAAGAAAAUAUCGUUAAUUGUGAUCGGCGAUUGCGCUACAAUCAACUAAUCUUUAUGUUCUCACUUUCUUUUCUCUCUGUCUAUCUCUCACUCUCUCAAUUUCUCACUCACUCAUUGACUCUCUCAUUCUCUCUCUCCCUCUCUCUCUCUCAUCUUCCAUCACCUUCCAUCAUCAUCAUUAUAUCAUCAUAAUCAUAAUCAUCAGCAACUUACCUUUGAAUUUUCAUUCUAACUGUGAAUAGUAUUUUUGUCAUUCAUUCAACUGAUUUGUAAAUUCACAAUUAAGAUCUAAUAAUUGAUAACAAUCAUCAACAGUUAAUUAAAUUUGGUAACUAAUCUGAUUACUAAUUGGAAUCUCUGUUAA